AUGAACGCUCUUACUAUUAUCCGCCCAAGUACAUUUAGGUUAGUCGGCAUAAGAGCUUUCAGCUCAGUUCCCAUUGCUAAUCAGGGGCAAGGAUCAACUCUAUCGAACAAAAAAUUUGCCGCUACAAAAGACUCUAGCGCUCUAACAUGGGAAGAAUUCUUCAAGUUAAGAAAGCAGGAGAACAGAAUCAACACUGGUAGCUCCCUCUUUACUGCAUUCGUUGGUACUAAUCUUUCAUGGGUUUACUUGUCUACUAUGCAAAUUGACCCAACACAAAUGAUCUUCGGUUUUGAUCCAUUAUUAGUUAUCUGUGCAGGUCUAUUUGCAUCCGGUGGUCUUGGGUAUCUCUUUGGGCCUUUGUUGGGCUCAGGUAUAUUUAAACUCAAGAACAAGCAAAUCUUGGAGUCCUACACUACGAAAAAUAAGGAUUUCCUAAAACAUAUAAAGAAGAACCGUGUCGAUGCAUCUUCGCAAAGCUUCAGCAACCCAGUUCCCGACUACUACGGUGAGAAAAUUGGCUCUUUGAAGGAGUACAGGCAAUGGCUAAAAGACUGUCAAUCUCACAGAAGAAAAGCAAAGGAAUUCUUGUAA